UGUUCAUUAUCCGUUUCUCUCUCCUGAAACCGCACUGCUUUUUUCCGUGAGAAAAAUGGAGGGAACUCUCUCUCCCGUUUUUCCUCUCUUCUCAGUUUCUCCUCACUCGAAUCUCUCUCUCUGUGAGAAAUCUCGUCUCCCGAAAAUCCCAUUGAAAUCCGACCACUCUACGUUUCAAAUCAGGGCCCUCGAUUCAGCAGACAGAAAUACAGCUUCAAGGGUUUCUCCUCAAAGAGCAGGGCUUUCAAAUCCCCCGAGGAAAACACAGAAGCUGCGUCCAGAGUUUCUGCCUCGUAGAGCAGGGCAUUUUGAUCCUGCGAGGAAGAUGCAGAAUCUGAACUCGGAGGUUUCUCCUCACAGAGCUGCUAGAACUUUGUGAGAGAGAGGUUAAUUCCAGUUCAUUGUGUGAUGAACCAGUCUUGUUGCAUUGCCACUCUACGCAGCUGGCAGUAUACCUGGUCAAUCCCCGCUGUCUAUCAAGUGGGCCUUACUGUGUAUCGUCCACAGUAAAGGAAUGCAGUGCCCCUAAUCCCUAUCUGUUUCAACUUUGCCCAUCAAAUGGAGAGUGAAAAUAGAAGAAAAUGGUCAGUCGUUUACAUUCAAGUGGGAAACAUCCAUGAAUCAGGAGGUUAGAAUCAAGGUGUCAAAAAAUGGUUGUGUAAUAGGCACUGUGGCUAUUACGUAAUGGUUCCCAUGAAUCAGGAGGCUAGAAUCAAGGUGUCAAAAAAACAGUUGCGUAAUAGCCACUGCGGCUAUUACGUAAUGGUAAUGAUGGGGACUGUUACGUGUUAUGGGGCCAUGAUGGUACGUAUCAUAAUGGCAAUAACGGUGGCCGUUACGGCCACCGUUCCGUUAUUGAAUACCUUGGCUAUAAUUGUCCAAUUGUUGUGGUUUUUGUGGGCUGGACCAUCUGCAGUAGGGCCAACCAGACGGAUGUUUCCGGUCAGCAGCACAUAUGGGGGUGAGUGGCAAUGAACACUGUAUGUUCCGUUGGGAUUAACCAAAAAACUAUUUGUUCUGGAAAAUGUAGGCAGAACUAGUCUAGCAGAUUUGUUCAUUUGG